UCCCAGCCCAGUGCCUGUGACAGGGACCCCAGUGAGGAGGGGGCGGGACUCUAUGGGGCAGGGACACCACUGAAAUCCCCUGGGCCUCCGGGGCUGCCUUCCUGUGGAUGCCCAGGGCAGCAGAGCCCCUGCCCCGGGGUGCAAACAGUGGACUCCCCAGAACGGUGUGUGUGCAAGUUGCUGCUAUGCACACCCACCAACUGGCAUCCUCUGCAAGUUCAUGGCCGGACCAAGGCUGUGUGGGAGUGGAAGAGGAGGAGGCCCCAGACAUCGACAUAUACCACUGCCCCAACUGCGAGAAAACCCACGGGAAGUCUACCUUGAAGAAGAAGCGGGCCUGGCACAAACACGGCCCAGGGCAGACGCCCGACGUGAAGCCCGUCCAGAACGGCAGCCAGCUCUUCAUCAAGGAGCUGCGGAGUCGGACCUUCCCCAGCGCGGAAGACGUGGUGGUCCGUGUGCCCGGCAGCCAGCUCACGCUGGGCUACAUGGAGGAGCACGGCUUCACUGAGCCCAUCCUCGUACCCAAGAAAGACGGGCUGGGCCUGGCAGUCCCAGCCCCCACCUUCUAUGUCAGUGACGUCGAGAACUACGUGGGCCCAGAGCGGAGCGUGGACGUGACGGAUGUCGCCAAGCAGAAGGACUGCAAGAUGAAGCUGAAAGAGUUUGUGGACUAUUACUACAGCACCAACCGCAAGCGGGUCCUCAACCUCACCAGCCUGGAGUUCUCCGACACCAGGAUGUCCAGCUUCGUGGAGCCGCCUGACAUCGUCAAGAAGCUGUCCUGGGUGGAGACCUGCUGGCCGGACGACGCACUGCUGGCCAAGCCCAAGGUGACCAAGUACUGCCUGAUCUGCGUGAAGGACAGCUACACCGACUUCCACAUCGACUCGGGGGGCGCCUCUGCUUGGUACCACGUGCUCAAGGGGGAGAAGAUCUUCUAUCUCAUCAAGCCGGCUUCGGCCAACAUCUCCCUGUACGAGCGCUGGCAGUCAGCUGCGAACCACAGCGAGAUGUUCUUUGCAGACCAGGUGGACAGGUGUUAUAAAUGCACCCUCAAGCAGGGCCAGACGCUCUUCAUCCCCUCAGGCUGGAUUUACGCCACGCUCACGCCUGUGGACUGCCUGGCCUUCGCGGGACAUUUCCUCCACAGCCUGAGCGUGGAGAUGCAGAUGAGAGCAUAUGAAGUGGAAAGGAGAUUGAAACUUGGCAGCCUGACUCAGUUUCCCAACUUUGAAACUGCCUGCUGGUACAUGGGAAAGCAUUUGCUGGAGGCGUUUAAAGGUUCUCACAAAUCUGGGAAGCAGCUGCCCCCUCAUCUAGUCCAAGGAGCUAAAAUUCUCAAUGGUGCUUUUAGAUCAUGGACGAAAAAGCAGGCUUUGGCGGAGCAUGAGGACGAACUCCCAGAGCACUUCAAACCUUCCCAGCUCAUCAAAGACCUCGCCAAAGAGAUCCGGCUCAGUGAGAAUGCCUCCAAGGCCACCCGACCUGAAGUGACCCCGGCCAUCUCCUCAGAUGAGGUCUGUUUUGGGGACCGGGAGAAGGAGGAGCCCCCAUCCCCUAUUGAGGCCAGCCCCCCUCGGUCCUUCCUGGAGAAAGUGUCCAAGAAAAAGACUCCCAAAACCGUGAAGAUGCCCAAACCGUCCAAAGUCCCCAAACCCCCCAAGCCUCCGAAGCCCCCAAAGCCCCCCAAGCCCCUAAAGCUCAAGGAUGGGGGCAAGAAGAAAGGGAAGAAGUGCAGGGGGGCAGCCUCUCCCACCAUCCCCAACCUGGACCUGCUGGAGGCCCACACCAAGGAGGCGCUUACCAAGAUCGAGCCACCCAAGAAAGGCAAGGCCACAAAGGGUGUCCUGAGUGUGCCCAACAAGGAGGUGAUCAGCUCACAGAAUGAUGUGGAGAGGCUGGAAAUCCGAGAACAAACUAAGAGCAAGUCAGAAGCCAAGUGGAAGUACAAGAACAGCAAACCCGACUCCCUGCUGAAGAUGGAGGAGGAGCAGAAGCUGGAGAAGUCUCCUCUCUCAGGAAACAAGGACACCAAGUUCUCGUUUUCCUUCAACAAGAGACUGCUGGGCUCCAAGGCCCUGAAGCCGCAGCCUGGCCCCGGCGUGUUUGGGGCCGUGCAGAGCUUCAAGGAGGACAAGCCCCAGCCCGUGCGGGACGAGUACGAGUAUGUGUCCGAUGAUGGGGAGCUCAAGAUUGACGAGUUCCCCAUCAGGAGGAAGCGGAGCGCCCCCAAGAGAGACUUGUCCUUCUUACUGGACGGGAAGGAGCCGCUGCCCACGCCCGUUACGAAGCCAAAGCUGGACUCGGCACUCUACAAGAGUGACGAGUCCUCUGAUGAGGGCUCGCUGCACAUCGACACGGACACCAAGCCUGCCCGCAACGCCAAAGUGAAGAAAGACAGCGGGGGCUCAGCCGCGGGCAUCCUGGACCUGCUGCAGGCCAGUGAGGAGGUUGGAGCGCUCGAGUACAACCCCAACAGCCAGCCCCCGGCCUCCCCCAGCACGCAGGAAGCAAUUCAGGGAAUGCUGUCCAUGGCCAACCUGCAGGCCUCCGACUCCUGCCUGCAGACCACGUGGGGCGCCGGCCAGGCCAAGGGCAGCUCGCUGGUGGCUCACGGUGCCCGGAAGAACGGGGGUGGUGGCAAGGGCGCCGGCAAGCGGCUGCUGAAGAGGGCAGCGAAGAACAGCGUGGACCUGGAUGAUUACGAGGAGGAGCAGGACCAUCUGGAUGCCUGCUUCAAGGACUCAGACUAUGUUUACCCCUCCCUGGAGUCUGACGAGGACAGUCCGGUCUUCAAGUCCCGGUCCAAGAAGAGGAAGGGCUCGGAUGACGCCCCAUACAGCCCCACAGCGAGGGUCGGCCCAUCGGUGCCAAGGCAGGACAGGCCUGUGCGUGAGGGCACCAGAGUGGCCUCCAUCGAGACUGGGCUGGCAGCUGCCGCAGCCAAGCUGUCCCAGCAGGAGGAGCAAAAGAGCAGGAAGAAGAAGAGCACCAAAAGGAAGCUGGCCCCCAACACCCCCUCGCCCUCCGCCUCGGCCUCCGCCUCUGCCAGCACCACCCCGGCCUCCGCCACCCCGGCCUCCGCCACCCCGGCCUCCGCCAGCACGGCCAGCAGCCAGGCCUCGCAGGAGGGCAGCUCGCCCGAGCCCCCGCCUGAAUCACACAGCAGCAGCCUGGCAGACCACGAGUACACUGCGGCCGGAGCCUUCGCAGGGGCCCAGGCCAGCCGCGCCUCCCAGCCCAUGGCCCCCGGGGUCUUCCUCGCGCAGAGGCGGCCCUCCGCGUCAUCCCCCAACAAUACUGCCGCCAAAGGAAAACGUACAAAAAAGGGCAUGGCCACCGCCAAGCAGAGGCUUGGGAAAAUUUUGAAAAUUCAUCGGAAUGGAAAACUACUCCUUUAAAGUUUGGAAAGCCAGGAUCCUUCCGCUCCGCUCAGGACCCCCGGAGCCCCGCUAGAACAUCCGCCCCCAGGAGGGUGGCCGCGCUGCCUCACCCCAGGGAGGGCCUGGCCCCCUCCCGGCCACCACUCCCCCCACACACGAGCAUCUGUUGCUUCAGCAGGCGGAGCUCACCAACGUGGACAGAUGUCCUUUCUCAAGUUGCUUAGAGUGACCAGUUCCCGAAACUCGGCCCUGCCCACGUGAGGACCAUUCCAGUUUCAGGACAGCCUCCAGGCACCCCUGAGUGUGGGUGUGAUUGCAGGGCCUCCGCAGCUCUGCUGGGAGCAUGAGUCCUUCGAGGAAGGAGGAGUGAGCCAACGCUCACCAGGCCCAGAGUCUGAGCUGGCCACAGGCUGGUAGCCUCCAGAGGCUUAAAAAAGGCAAAGAACACUAGAGAGGAAGAGGAGGAGAAAAUGGGAUCUUGUGUGCCCCCCUACUCUUCCUGAGUGAUUCUCAGUCCAGAGAGCGUUCGGCCCGGCCAGGAGAGGGGCCUCUAUGCUCCGUGGCCGGCAGGUGGCGGGCCGGAUGGUGGAUGUCGUGCCCUGUCCUGCCGGGGCGUUUGUCGGGAUGCUGGGGCCGGCGGCAGGGUCUGUGUUAGUGGGUGGGGGCACUAUCGUGGGGUCGGGCCCAGCCACGACCUAGGGCCCGGGAGCCCAGGCUAAGCCAUGUGGGCGGGCCCCGUCCAGCCCCACCGGCUACACUCGGAGAAGCACUUGUCAGCCGAGGCACCUGCCCGGCGGGGCUGACGGCGGCUGGGCGGCCCAGGGACGCAGGGCCCGCACUUCUGUCUUGUCACCUGUCGGUGUUUGGUGUCGAGGCCACGGGCGGACCCCGGACCGCACGUCCUCCGCCCAGUGACACGGAGGGGCUGGAUUUGUUUCUCAGGCAAUCCUGUAUUUUAAUUUUAGAUGUAUCUCCUGAAGCAUAUUUUUCAUAGAAUGUAGCGUGUAAAUAGCUUUUUAAAUAACUUCUUUUUUAUAAGAGUAAAAGUAUCUUUAGGAAUUUCUUUCUAGAGAGUCCUUCAUUAACAUUUAUACGAGUUUUUUGCCGAGUCUGAUGAGCAGUUGGGUUUCCAAUGCUUCUCCUCUCCUUCUUUCUUUCUACUGUUAUCGUCGGUAUUCUUUCUUUCUCUUAGGAACUAAGGUAUUGCCUGAAAAACAAGUGAUGUCUGUGCAGCCUUAUAUCUGUCUUUACAGAAGCAAACCGCACGCACGAGACCUGUUCCAGACGCGAUCAGAGAGGGGUCUUCAACUCGAAUACCAGCUCUUUCUUUCGUUCUUGUUGGCGAAGGGGGUGGGGACGCCGCUAUUUUAUUAGCACCUUGUGAAGUGUUUCUGUGUUUUGUGAUGCUGUAAUUUAUUAAUGUUUGUAGCUUUUUAUAUUUGUACAUUUCUUAUGAGCUUUGUUUAUACGCCCGUCCCAGGGCGCUGUGUCCAUGCGCAGAAGUGGCCCGCGCUGCGGAGGGGGGGGUGCGGCCCCGCCCCCAGGCUGGCGGGCAAGGUCGCCGCCGGGCCCCGGCGGAGCCGCCCUGGCGUCUGCGAGGUUUCCUUUCCCGUCCCUGUUGAACAUUUAUAUAAUCUAACCCGGCCAUCAAGCUGUUCUCUUUCUCUCUCUCUCUUUUAUUUUUUAAAGUUUAUUAUUAUUAUUUGGCAACAUGUACAUUUCUAACAAAGUUUACCGUGGCUAUUAAAGUGUUUUAUUUCCCGAUUCAUAUUACUCUUGUAUCGAGUCCAUGAGGUCUAAGGCAGCUUAGAUCAAAGUUUUAAAAGAGUAAAAAUAUUUCAGGUUUUGUACAGAA